ACCACGCACGGUCCGCGACAGGAACUAUGGCACUGGCAUUGUCGAGACCGAAUGGAAUGGUACGGCAGGUUGGCACGAGUGCAUGGACACGGACACGAAAUGGGAGGGCAAGUCGACGAAGCUACACAGCAACGGCGAGCCUGCUAUCAACCGAAGAUCGAAUGCCCCGAAUCGCGACCACUUCUUUCUGGACCUCGCUGGUGCCACGCUUCUUGCGCAGAUCCACCAGCGAGGAAGAAGCCACAGAACGCGCGAGGAGACGGGAUGUAGGCGCCGAAGAGCGGAGGGCAGGCAUCAUCUUACUCGUGCUUGGCAUCGUAGUAGGCUCGAAUGCCAUCAACAUCAUUUCGCUGCGGCGAGAGAUGCUCAACUUUUCACGUCAGACCGAUGCAAAGCUGGAUCUGCUGCGCGGCGUGGUGAGCAGAGUGCGCAAUGGAGAGGAGUUUGAUGUGAAAAAGGCGCUUGGCACGGGCGAUCCGGAGCAGGAGAAGGAGUGGGCACAGGUUAUGGAAGAGCUGGAGAAUACUGACAUGCUGUUGGAGAGCCGCACGAAGAAGGAAGCCAAGCGCGCUGAAAAAGCAGAAGAGAGGCGGCGGAGGGAAGAAAUACGAGCGCGCACUGAGUCUUCAGAGGCUCCUGAGUCGUCCAAAAAGCCUACGCCCAAGUUCCUCAUGUAGGCAUACAGCAUAGAUGGCAUGCUUUCUGUGCGAUCCUUAUCAAGGCUUUGGGUCCCACAAUGAAAGUGCGCAUCCACCCGCUGCACCAUUUUCGCCGGAAGCCAGGAGGGUCGUCUCUAGUGGAUCGAUUAUAGGCAAUGGGAAGUCAUACCGGAACGAUACACUCUGGCGCAUGCCCGGCUUCCCUGUUGCGGGCAGAUGAACGACACGAACUUGAGCAUCGCAGCCUUCCGAUCAACGAGUAGUCACUGCGAGUGGACGACUGCUGCCGACCUGGAAACGACUGUAAUAGGCUAUUUUACUGCCUCUUGGGCUGAGCGGUAGGCAAUAAUGGCACAGCAAAGUGCAGUCCAUCAGCCACCAAGCAGGACCGACACUGGCAGACGAGCGCACUCUCGAGAAGUCACAGUGUGCGUUUUCUCAACGCAAUGACAUGUAAAAUGAAUGAUAGCAAAAACGACGCCUCAGUCGAGCCAGACGACAAGGCUGCUUCUUGGAUCUCGCAAGGGAAUCCAAAGACUAGGUGACCUGC